UUAAGUAAAAUUAAAGACAUUUGAAAAAUUAUGUACUUGCAUUUACAUAUAAAUAAAAAGUAUCUAACUUUGUACCCAGUAUAUAAGUAUCUCCAUUUUUACGUUAGUAAUAACCAUGUACUAUACGUAUAAAUUGAAAUUGUUUAAAUGGUUAUCACGCACAUUUGAAACAAAAAUACCCGUGUCAGUCAAGUCUACAGUAUAGUACAUAAUUUAUUAAGAAAAUCUUUAUCCUUUUACAAAUGCUAUUUUUUCUUAAAAAGUCCAGCCAAUUUGGACAAUUGAAAUAACUACAAUUCCGCUAAAGCUGAAAUAAAGUGUUAAAAGUCCCCAUCGCUCCCAUGUGCGCUAAAGAAGUUAUUCGGGGUCAAAUGUCAAAAUUUUAGGGUUUUUGGAUUUUUCUUAAAAACGGUUAGUUUUAACGAAAAAGUACCCCAGAGCAAAGUUGUAGAUCUUAAAAUUCUUUAUAAAAAUGGUCCCUUGUAAGAAUCACCUUCUACAUAUAUGUGAACACAUAUGCCACGUAUACACAUAUUCAGGUGGUGAAGCAAGCAAAAAUGCCUAUGUGUCUCUUUUGUGUAUAGUAUAUUAUACUAUUCUAAGAGAAUAUACUCUCAAAAGACCAUUAGUCCCUAACAGAAUGCCCUCACCUUGGGUGGCCUUGAAUAACAUCUGGCACUAACAUCCCUUGUGCGUGUGGUGCUGUUCAUAUACCUGCUUUUUUUAGUGUGAAACGUGCAGUUCAAGUGAAUAUAUGUACGUAUUUAUUACAAGAGUUUAAAAUUAUAUUUUGUGCUGAUCAAUAUUUCAAAACGUUGUCAAAAUUUUGCUUUAUUUGUAAUAAACUCUUGACUGAAGACUGUUGUGGUCAGUCGUGGAAUGCCAACUUCAAUCAAUGCAAGUAUCGCGAGAAGUGAUGAGUUUACUGAUUAUUAAAAAAUCAAUAGUCCGUUACAAUCCACGUGGAUUGUAGAAAAUCAUACACCCGGAAAACUUUAAUCUCUGCAGCUAAAAAACAACGUGAGGAGGAACAGGCCGGUAAUUCAAAAGUAAGUCCACCUCGUACUAGAGCGCGAGUAAGUGAGUCCGGCUUUUGUUUUAAAGAACACUGCUUAUUUUGUGGCGAUGACGAAGUAGAGAAGAAGAAAACGCUUAAUUAUCGCCGGAAAAUUCAUAAAGUUUCUACUCUUACAUUUAAAGAUUCCAUUUUAAAAUUAGCUAAAGAUCGUUCUGAUGAGGUAUCAAAGCUAUCUUUGCACGUAUUAAUUUUGAGUUUGAUUUAGUCUCUGCAGACGCAAUGACAGUUGUUGCAAAUCCUUCCUGAGACCUAAUAAUGGCGGUAAAAUUGGCCGUCCUCAAAGGCUAUAAAUUCUGCAAUGGAGGAAAUUUUUAAUUUCAUAGUAGUGAUGGUUGUCUGUUUUCGUUGGAUGAAUUGAUUAAUGUAUGUCAAAAUGUAGCUUUAGAAAACAGGAUUAUCAAAAUACAAUUGAAACUAAAGCAUGGAAUUAUUAUUACAGAGAAGCCUGGAAAGUUAAUAUUUAUUUUUUUUGUAGACAAUUGUCAAGACAUUUUAAGUCAAGCCUGGUCUGAUAACAAAAACUUAAACGACAAGGAAAAACGGUUAAAAACUUUGAAAGCUACAGCAGAAAUUAUUAGAGAAAAUAUCCAAAGCUGUGUGUUUGAUAAUACUAUGUACCCGCCACCGGGUAGAAUGUUUUAAGAAGUAUAAAUAACGAUAUUCCCGAAUCAUUAUCUUUUUUUGGAACAAGUCAUUCUUAAAAACAAGUGCCAUAAUUUGGAUCAUUUAAAGUUAUUCUGCAAAAUUAUUAGUCAUAGCAUAAUGACUGCUGUUCGGCCUAGAAGCAGAAAAGUAGGGUUACAGUGUUCUCCAGCUUGUAGCAAUUGCCAAGGUCUGUCUUGCUCGAAUAUCCAAUUAAAUACAUAAGAGGAAGAUUCAUGUGAUUUUGAUGAAGAGACAAAUGACUCAUCAUCAUUUCAACAAUUUCUGAAUAUUGAGCAACAGGAAGAAGAAGACGAAGAAGAAAACAAGAUUGUUGAAGUUGAAUAUGAGUCAGAUUAAAGAAACAAAAAGGAAUUAGGACGACAGUUAAACUCAAUAAACAAUAUCAAUAAUUUUAAUACUAUUAAAUAUGUAUUGUUCCUGAAAAUAACGUUAAAAAGGUUCGUGGAAGAGACCUACCAGUUAAACCAUGUUAAAAAACCGCACCGGGUAAACUACCUCAGAGGUUGUGUGGAAAUGUGUGCACAUUAUGUAGAAGGUUAUUCUUACAAGAAUUUGGGAAAUCGUGAGUCUUAGAAAAAAAAUCAUCGGUAUUUUUGUAUAGAGAAUUUUAAGAUCUACAACCUUGUUCUGGGGUACUUUUUCGAUAAAACUAACCGUUUUUGAGAAAAAUCCAAAAAACCUAAAAUUUUGACAUUGGACCCCGAAUAACUUCUUUAUUUAUUAACGGUCAUUUACAAUAUCUUAUUUUAUCGGUUUGGUAAGCCGAUUGUUUAUAAUUUGCCUUUUCUGGAUAGCAACUCCACGCCGUUUCUCAGAUAUGGCCAGAGAGUACUCCACGACCCUGGAGUUAGGACUAUAGAAUUAAAUAACGAGAGUGGCCGUGAACGGAGAACGGCUUCGAUUCAAAAUUAAUUUGAAGCUUAUUAUAGCUGAUUCCCAUAAUUCACUCAUAUGUGGCGCGCUUGGAUAGAUGCGAUCCCAGCAAAACCUGCGUGUCACUAACACACCCUCACAAUUCUGUCAAGUGAGUAAGAGAUCAAUCAAUUGUGUCUUUUGCUUGUUUUAUAUUACACGCUCUUCACUCAACAGAUGUUAAGAAAAAUAAAACAAAAGAAGACAAACUGAUUUUUUAGCUGUCAUUGCUUAUUGAAAACAAUGGAUGUGAAAGCGUACGGCAUGAUACCGUGAAUUUGACGUUUGCUUGUUCGUUGAGACUAAUUGAAUUCAAAGAAAAACGAUUUAUUUUAUGAACGCGUCGCAAUAAAAAGUUUUCAUUUUGUGGAAUUAAAUAAAUUUGCUUGUUAUAAAAUUUGUAUAUAACAUUUGAUUAAAGAAUUUUUAAGUGGUUACUACAAACGUGUGUGAGAAAAGGGUAAGUAGCAAACAUAACAAUUAAAAUGAAAAAAAAUACAUUCAGUACUUAUAUGAGCCGAGAAAAAAGGCCUUUAAUCUUAGUGCUUCUCAGUUUAUGAACUUUUCUGAAAAAGAUAUAAAUUCUGAAUUUGAUCCUAUUGUGGAGGGGUGCAGUUUAGAAAGCUCCCUUGAUUUUUCGCUAAGCAGUGAUAGUGAUAGUGUAAAUUUAAAAAUGAUAGAAAAUAAUAUAUUUUGCUUAGAAUUAAAAGCAUGGGCUUUAAGAAAUAGGGUAUCCCACAAUACAUUGAGCGAUCUGUUGCAAACGCUGCGAAAAAUAGGUUGCACUGAUUUACCUUUAACGGCUAAAAGCCUCCUAGGUACCAGCCGAAAAAAGGUAAAUAUUCAAACGAUUCCAAGUGGAUCUUUGUUGGCAAAUAAAUUAGAUGCACAAUUGUUUAAAAUCGAAAAAGAUGAUAUAGUUUAUAAAUAUUUUUGUAUUCCACAUGAAGGAAAGUUUCUUCUUAUACCAAUUUUACAUCAUCUAUUCCAUGAAUUUUCAAAUUAGUACUAUUUAAAGUAAUUGUGGUAUUUUCCGAAUGUAUUUUAUUUCAUGAUAUGAAUUAUUUAAAAGAAUUUUGAUACUGCCAAUUUUUUAUUUUACGAACAGAUGGAUUCACCAGCGCUCUUUGAUACAAUUGAUUUUGAAGAAUUCCCAACAACGUCUUCAACUCCUGUAAAAGAACAACUGACAUUGAAGUGCAAAAAAUUUGAUAUUUCUGGUUGCUACAACUCGGAGGCAAAACGAAAUGAAAACAAUUUGGCUGUGGAUGGAAAUGAAGUUUUUAAUAUGUUAAAAACUAUUUCUGCACAGUUAGAAGUAUUGACGACAAGAGUAUCCAAUAUGGAGAAAAAGAUGGACAGCUAUGUGAAAGAAAAUAUAAUUCAUAAAAGCGAAGAAAUGGCCCAACAAAAAACUGUGCGCGAAUGUAAGGUUUUAAUUAGAAAAAUUCACCAUUCAGUAUGCCGACUGACUGGUGAAGAAAUAGAUAGUAUGCAAACCGAAGUUGCCUCCACGCUUCCAAUAACAACGAUAGCUGCAGCAUUCGAAAUGGACGAGAAACUGAAAUGCGAGGAAUUUGCUACUGCAACGAAACAGUUUAUUUUAAAAACAAAGGGAAAUUCAGAUAAUUUACAUGAUGUGCUGAGACAUAUAUACACUGAUGAAUUUUUGUUUUUGUGUAACUGGGACGGUAGAGGAGGGAAACAACCCCUAUCGAAAUUUCUACUGGCAUCUAACAUAUUAUAUGAUUUUUUCGUUACUUGUGGACUGGCGAAUUUCGAAAAACAAAUUCGGAAGUCCAUCGAGAUGAGCCACCAUAGGUACAAACAAAAGAAAUACAGGAAGCGAAAAGCUGUGUGAGGAAUCGAACGAAUCCAAAUAGAUAAUAAUUUAAAAAAAAUGUUGUAGGAUUUAAGAAUGUACAUAUAAACAAAAAUGAAUUUUAAUAGUGUAACUAUAAUAGCUUUAAUAUGAAUGUUUAUUUUAAAAAUAUAUAUCUUAUUAUGUAAUUAAAUUUUUCUUAAAAAUAUUUAUAAAAAUGAAUUUUAAUAGUGUAACUAUAAUAAUUUUAAUAUGAAUGUUUAUUUUAAAAAUCUAUUUCUUACUAUUGUGCAAUUCACAAGUCUCAUAAAGUUGUAAGUUAUAACGAUUCGAAAACAUAGCAUUGAAAAUUGUAAAUGUGUAAACUCAUUUUUGUAUGAAAUCCAACAACAAUUUUUUUAAACAAGUGUAAAAAUUUAUAAUUUUACGAUUUUACGAUGCUUUACGACAGGUUGUGAGUACCCCAUAUGUAAUUAAAUUUUUCUUAAAAAUAUUUAUAAAAAUGAAUUUAAAGUAAUCUAAUGUAAUUAGAAAAAUAUAAUAUUAUGGAUUAUUUUUAGUUUCUUAAAUUCAAAAAAUUAUAAUAUAAAAAAUAUUAAUGAAAUUAAUAAAAACAUUUUAAUUAAAAAAAAAAAAUUUCGGGUUUCGAACUCUAGACUGAGGGAAUGGUAAGCGAGUGGCUUACCCACUAGGCUAUUGCAGAAUGCACCUUCACGCUUUCCUGAAAGAAGUUUUGUCGAUUUGUCCCAAAUUUAAUGAAAGUGUGAGAAAGAAGGGGAGGAUGGAGUCAUGUGUAGAAGUUCACGCAAGUGAGGAAAGUUCUCUGAUCGCCAUUCACUUGGGAGUGGCCAGAAACGAUUCUUUUGCAUAUGACUCAAGCAGCUCACGACUUCCGGUCUUUGACCAAGUAUCCUCUGGGUAGCCUAAGAACAUCCGUUUGAAGGCGAGCUAACGUGAGAAGGCGAAACAUCCCCUGCAUAGGGUUGUGCGCUAGGUUUGGGACCCGCCACGUAAAAAAACACCCCCAAUGAAAAGGAACAACAAGCCUCGGAUGAGUGACCCCCCUUUUGAUGACGACCAUGGCAAACGAAAUAAGGAUUACGAAUUGAGGGCAUGCACCUGGAAUGUCCGGUCCCUUAAUUGGGAAGGUGCCGCUGCCCAGCUGGUUGAUGUCCUCGUGAAAAUAAAGGCUGACAUCACCGCCGUCCA